AUGGAAUUACUAAUGGUAGCUACAGCCAUCAUUAGUUGCUCCUCUUUCUUCACCAGGGCUGUAGGAGCAAACGGCUGCACUGACCCGAGAGGCUAUCUAGCAUUUAAGGCAAUGCAGUCCACAGAUAAAAUGCAUAUGUUGUACACUGGCUUUGACGCAUCUGUAAUUGUGUGCACUUACGUAACAAAAAUCAGUGAAGACAGCAGCACGAUGUCCACAAGUGUCAACUUUACAUACCAAAUCAACGAUCUUCCUGUCGUCUACACUGAUUCUACUACCACAAAAGUUGAAAACUGCGAGGGACUCAUAGGGAUAUAUAAUAAUACCAGUGGAGAGAAAGUAUCACAGGCUUUGGUAUUGUACUCAAAUUUUGGGACCUGCAAUAUCAAUUUCAACAUCGAACAACAAGAGUGCCAGUUGUGGGCUUACGAAAACGCCACAAAUGACGAUAUCCAGGAAUGUCUUGUUACUUACAAGACUCUAUGCGAUGGAGAAAUCUAUGAGGUUUACAACUCCACCUGCCUGACAUGA